AUGAUGGCAUGGUUCGCAUCACCGGUCGUUCUUGGCGCCGUCUAUGUAGCUGCAUUGGCGUUCCGCCUCGUUCCUCACUUGGCUGUGUGCCUCCGGCGUCCCAAGGACCUCCGGCGCAGCUACGGCACGUGGGCCGUCACCACGGGGCCAACAUCCGGCAUUGGCUGGUCCCUGGCCGUGGAGCUCGCGCGCAGUGGGCUGAACCUUGUCCUCAUCGGCCGACACCCGGCCAAGCUCCGGGACAUCUCCCAGACGAUAUGCAGGGCCGCUCCCACCGUGAAGAUCAAGACUCUAGUCUUGGACUUGUCGCUCCUCGCCACCGCCCAUGGCGACGAGGCGAUGUGA